AUCUUGCAUUCACUUUACAGUAAAAUUAGGACGCAACUAGAUGGCGGAUAAAACGGCUGAAAGCAGUUCGGAGAUUUUGGAUGAACCUCAGGAAGAACUUAUAUAUUUGAAUGAAUCAUAUUCGGGAGAGGAGAAUGAAAAAGAAAAGAUAUGGUUGAAAGAGCGAAUACCAAUUGUUCAUCAUUUAGCGAUUGCGCAAAUACUUUUUGCAAUUAUGUCGAUGUGUAUAUCCGCAUUCGUCUUAGCAUGUAAACCUUGUGAAACUUAUCAGUCAGCUGGAAGCGGUGUAUGGUGUCCUGUAUUUUUUUUAGUUUUGGGGGCGAUGUGCAGAGGAAAUAAAGACGACAUGCAUUCUUACAAAAUUAUCUGCACUUUCGGUCUAGUUUCAGCCUACUUUGCCAUCCUAAUGAUUGUAAUCGAGACGAUUGAAUGUGUAUCUGCUUUUCAAGACAGUCCACAGAACUUGAUAUCUGCAACAAUGCAUAUCAUAUUAUUUGUAAUAGCAGCAGUGGAAUUUGUUUUGAUUGUUGCAACAAUUUGUUUGCAUAAAAGACGAAAAUUUUCUGAAGAAGGGAAAUCGUAUGAUUUAGUCAAGAGUUCUACUGACGAUUGCAUCAGUACUCGACUACAUGCGCUGUCUUAGAAUAUAUGGAAGCACAUCUGUAGUAAUGUUAUAUUCAUUAUGAUUAUGUGGUAUGAUUUUGAAACAUCUUCAUGUUAUUAUUUCAUUUCCUUUUUUUACAAAACUAAUAGUUUUGCGAUGUGAUAUUUAACUUUAGUCACUUUUUCAAUCGUCGUCGAAUAUUACUGAUGGAUAUAAGAUCAAGUGACCAACGUAUAAAAAUAUAUUAAAUAUUCUAAAUGCCCACUUUUCAAUGUGCUGGCUAGUAACACAUCUAUUAUGAGUAAUAUGUAUCUAGUUCAUAUGUUUCUUCAUUUUUGUUUUACAGAGUACAGAACAGUCGCUGGAUUCAUAAUUUUCAAAACUACUAUUUGUAUUAUAUUGUUAAAAAUUUUAAUUCCAAUCAUUUGCUAUCUUGCCAAUAAAUAUGUUGCUAUUGUCUCAGAUUUGAUAUGUUUCUAAUUUUGGAAAGGCGCCACAACAAAUGGGAAAUGUUUUCAAUUAUUUUUGUUUCUAAAAUAAAUUUUUUUUAUUUUAAUAAUCAUUGGUAUUUAGAUGUGUAUUGCUAAGAUAAAUUAUUGGUAAUA